AUGUCUGGCAAGCCAAUAGCCAUAAGGAUGUCCCGAACAUUAUAUGCGGCAUUUUACUUGCAGUCCCAGGCUAUUUACCUCUUUGAAGCAGCACUACUUGUGCAAUCCACCAUUGGAGGACAUUCCCGUUCCGAUGAUUAUGAGAAGCCUAUUGUGUCUAAGGAUACAGAGACAUAUUCGGUCAGUGUGUAUUCAGCUCCUAAUGACCCAAACAAGCCUCAAACCUCUGCAACGAAAGAUGCCACCUCCGACGACCCCGGGGAGUCUCUAGUUAUGGUUUCGGCUUCCGGUGAGGUACGAGACGAAAUCCGAUCGAUUGUGCGUGAUUAUUUGGACCACCAUGUGAGAAUGCUGGAGCUUGAGUUUCAGCCCUAGAGUGCUUUCAUGGAUGGAGCUGUUUGGAAGGGGGCUGGGUAAUUGAGGGGAUAAGCAUUGGCAAUCUGUGUGCAGUUUAUAUAU